AAUACGUGUCAUCGUCGAACGGAUCAACAGAACAAUUCUGAUUCCCAAAGCUUGCGUUAUUGGCCAAGGUUGUCAUAUUUCAGUUCUUGCUGUCUAGUAGCUACUAGCUAGCUAGUAUCAGUGUUCUAUCAAGAUGAGUGCAAUUACCGGUGUGGAUGCUAUGGAGGACGCAAUCAUGGCCGAAGCAGAAGCGCAGUUUUCUCCCUUGGACUACCUGAGCAAUGAAACUUUGAGCUAUGUACUUUCCUUCUGUGACUUUGGCUCUGCGGUCCAAUUUUGCCGUGGAAUAAAUCGGUCCCUGAGACAAGAUUUUCGCCAAGGAGACCAUUUUCUGUGGAAGGACAUGUUUCAUCGUCAGUGUUUCUCCAUGCCAUUGCUCGCUCAUUCAUCAGAAGCAGUGCCCAUGUUUGAUUUUCUGGAAGAAACACGAAAAAGACGUCAGCUAGCCCGAAACCUGUUAGCACCCAAGAAAAAGAAGAAAGGGACUUUACCAGCACGGUCUCGUUGCUUCAACCUUCCCAAUCGCAUGUUUCAUUUUGUCCCAGUGACACCGGAUGGACUCGUUGCAGAAUGGGAUGAUCCUCCUCCGGUUGAUUUUGGAUGCGACAGCUUCAUCUUGACUUCACCUGCCUGUGGUGGCGAAAUGGUGUCAUUGGAUCCCUUUCAUGGAACCUUGGUGGUGCAUGAGAGCUGUCUCAACAAUGCUGUGUCAUCUGACGAGGCAAUGAUGGAACAAGCUGUGAUGGAGGCGGCGAAUUUGUUCCCUGGCAACCGAGAAAACCGCGGCUGCGGGGAUACUACUACGCAAAUCAAAAAAGAUCCCUCACAGGUUUUGUUUUGUUUGGAAAAUGAUAUCGAUGUUGAUGCAUGUUUUCCUCCACUCCAUGAUGGAGGCCACGAUGGCGCUGAAAUUGACGUAGGAUAUCAUGGCAUUGAUUCAAAAUGCCUGUUGAACGAAAGGACUGGAGCGCUGGAAGGCACUAUGAUUGCCGUUGGAAGAAUGAUAACCAGGGAAACUGGAACACAGCUCAAUGGAGUCAUCGAGCAGGUUGUCACGGAGCUUCUCACCUGGGAACGCAGGAAAGAUACCGCCAAAAGUGGAAGCAAACGCAAUACAAACAGUCAUGAGUUUGGUGCACGGAAACUUUGUCGCUUUCCCUGGUCAUUCAGGACCAUUGAUGUUUGUGCAACACAUAAUCGAGUGUAUGUCAGCUUUGACAGCAAUGAUGGACCAUCGGCAGAAACAAACUUGGGCAGCAAUAGCCAUGUUUCGAGGUCAACGGUGGUAGUUUAUCCAUUGGUUUCAUAUCCAACCCAUACAUUCGGGAUGAGAUCCAGCGAGGCGUCGAGUGGAGGCUGCAGAACGAACUAUCAAGAGCCAGAAUGCUUCAUUCAUUGUCGAGCCAAAGUGUCUUCUCUUUCUGUUGAUCCUACAGGAGAAACUCUCAUGGUGGGCACAGAAGCAGGAACAUGCGAAGUAUGGAAGAUUCACUCGGAUAAGUGUGGAAAGGCAAGGGCGAAGAGGGCAGCCAUCGUCAACAUCAAGUCUUCCAUGUCCAAAGCCUUGCGAAACUCGCGCGAGGAGUCCAAUGACAACAACAAUCAACGACUUGACGACGACUCCUCCCGAAUGGAGAGGACCCUGCUUACCAUUCUGAACAGACCCAAGAUUGUCAGCUUUCACCACGCAAGCCAUUGUCCGUUUGCCAAAUGUGGGUUUGUGACUCUCCAGCACUCUGCAACUGAUGGCAGUUCCCUCUUAUUGUGGCACAAAGCCAAAGACUCGUCGUCAAGCAAUGAUGCCUAUCGAAUCGUCUCAAUGAUCAACUUACCCUUGUCUGGAAUCACGAGAGCACCACGCGUGACCUAUGACGGACGAAGAAUCCUGGUGUUUGGACAAGACCACAUUGGAUUGAUCGUUCUAGUCUAUCAGGUAUUGGCUUCUUUUGAGGAUGUCAGCCUGUUCAAAGACGCAACCUUAGAGGAGGCAAGCGGUGGAGUCUACAAUCUGACGAAUCCUUCAAGAGUGCGCUUUGCCAAUCGGAUUCGUCAUGCCGCUCUUGGCGGACUUCAAUACUACGACUCUAUUCACAUGACAUGCAACGAUAGAUACAUUGUAGUCAACACCAAGACUGGCAAUUUGCUCGGAGAGUCUACUUCUCCAUGCGCCGAAGGCUUGCUGGUGAUUGAUCUUCAAGAUUGACUCGGCCCGACGUUUACGAAUGAUGUACCGGUACCAUACUGUUGCACUUCUCCGUCCUGACUACUGGUACCUCGGCAUUGUCCACACUGCUCUAUGAAUAAAGAUUGUCUGGUCAGCGUUUCUUAAUUAAAAGUGUUAAAAAUCCCAUCAAAAUGUCCCUUUCAACC